AUGCGCCGGGCAGCCGCCGCCGCCACCACCAGGAUCAGGAUCGGGAUGGCGGCGGAGGAGGUCAGGCAGGCGUCCGCGGCCGCCACGGCGGCCGAGGCCGCGUCCGCGUCGGUGCCGGCCCCCGCGGGCUCCCGGUGGGCGCGGGUCUGGCCCUCCGCGCUGCGCUGGAUCCCCACCUCCACGGAACGCAUCAUCGCCGCAGAGAAGCGACUCCUCUCCAUCCUCAAAACUGGGUAUGUCCAAGAACAAGUUAACAUUGGCUCUGCUCCACCUGGGUCAAAAGUAAAAUGGUUUAGAUCAUCAAGUGAUGAGCCAAGGUUCAUCAAUACAGUGACAUUUGAUAGCAAGGAGAAUGCUCCCACCCUUGUCAUGGUCCAUGGUUAUGGUGCGUCACAGGGGUUCUUCUUUAGAAACUUUGAUGCCCUUGCAAGCCGUUUCCGGGUGAUUGCCAUUGACCAGCUUGGUUGGGGUGGAUCAAGCAGACCUGACUUUGACUGUAGAAGUACUGAAGAAACCGAGGCUUGGUUCAUAGAUUCUUUUGAGGAAUGGCGCAAAGCAAAAAACCUCAGUAAUUUUAUAUUGCUUGGUCAUUCUUUCGGAGGAUAUGUUGCGGCAAAGUAUGCCUUACAGCAUCCUGAACAUGUUCAGCACUUGAUUUUGGUUGGUUCUGCUGGCUUUUCGUCAGAAACAGAUCAUAGUUCUGAGUGGUUAACCAAGUUCCGUGCAACGUGGAAAGGCAUGCUAGUAAACCAUCUUUGGGAGUCCAAUUUCACUCCUCAGAGAAUUGUGAGAGGAUUAGGUCCUUGGGGCCCAGAUUUAGUUCGGAGAUAUACCACUGCUAGGUUUGGCUCACAUUCAACAGGUGAAUUACUAACAGAAAACGAGUCCUCCUUGCUGACAGAUUACAUUUACCACACUUUAGCUGCCAAAGCUAGUGGAGAGCUGUGCUUAAAACAUAUUUUUUCCUUGGGGGCAUUUGCAAGGAAACCACUUCUGCACAGUGCAUCCGACUGGAAAGUGCCAACUACUUUCAUAUAUGGUCAUGACGAUUGGAUGAAUUACCAAGGGGCGCAGCAAGCACGCAAGGACAUGAAAGUUCCUUGCGAAAUCAUCAGAGUCCCACAGGGAGGACAUUUUGUGUUUAUAGAUAACCCUGUGGGUUUCCACUCGGCGAUCUUCUACGCGUGCCGGAAAUUUUUAUCUGGAGAUGCAGAGGAGGGUCUCUCUCUUCCUGAUGGCUUGAUAUCUGCAUGA